AUGCUCAUGGCAAACGGAAUUCAAAUGGAACGUCUUUUGAGAUUUGGAGAUAAAACUCGUAUUAUCGACACACGUGCCCGAUUCAUUUUGCUACACAAUUACAGACUUUUCGUGCCGCAGAUGCACUACAUUUGGAAGCGUAUAGUAAAUGUACUGUUCAUUCGACGAGUAAAGCCAAAAAAAAUGCUUACAAGCCUAGGCAGGCCUCCGGUGUACGAGCUAAGCACCGUUCCAUUUCCCAUUCCGAUCAAGAACGUUUUUUUCUCAAAGAUAAUUAACUUCUGGCAAGCAGGAAAAUUUCGCUUGAUCAAUAGCACGUUUUUCAAUGACAAAACUAAUAACCUCGGUGAUCAAAACAUGCGCGUUGUUGUGCUAGAGCACACACCAGCCAUAUUUAAAGCGAUAGCGCCUAACGAUGCACCGACAAACGCUCGUAUGCGAGAGCUCAAUCUUUUGGACUCCAAUUCAACCACGGACCGGUCACCAUUUUUCUACUAUGGUUUAGAAAUGGAGCUACUUAAAGCAAUUGCCGAAGCGAUGCAUUUCCAGAUGAAUCUCUACGAGACUGCAGAUGCCGACAAUGAACGGUGGGGCACGGUUCAAGGCAAUGAAACUCUCACAGGCAUAUUGAAAGAAAUGCACGAAGGGCUAGCUGAUUUUGCACUCGCGGAUCUUCAUCACACCGAAUAUCACCUGCGAUUUAUGGAUCUUAGCAUUCCCUAUAAUACGGAAUGUUUAACUUUUCUCACGCCCGAAGCAUUAAGUGACAAUUCGUGGAAAACACUUAUACUACCGUUCAAUGGUGAAAUGUGGGCUGGCGUACUGAUAUCUCUAUUUUUGGUUGGCUUUAUAUUUUACGGAUUUUCAAACACCCUUACUGCAUGGUAUGACGCAGACAAAAAACUGCAAAACCUGCGAAUGAUUCCAUUCAAACGAAAACCCGAACCCUGGCACGAUACGUUGCCGAAGAGUGAUAUUUUCGAUCACAUUUCAGGGUGCAUCAUCUACACAUUCAGCAUGCUGCUGUUAGUAUCCCUACCCCGCCUACCUAAUGGCUGGACUUUGCGCGUCCUGAUUGGUUGGUAUUGGGUGUAUUGUGUUUUAGUAGUCGUUGCCUAUCGGGCAUCUUUUACCGCGAUUCUUGCCAAUCCGAUUCCCCGACUAACGAUAGAUACGCUACAAGACUUGGCCGACAGUUCCAUCCGAUGUGGCGCUUGGGGCGAACAAAAUCGACUCUUUUUUGAAAGGGCCCAAGAUCCCCAUUCGCAAACUAUUGGCGCUAAACUAGAGCAUUCUCCAGACUCCCACCAGGCGGUCGAGCAGGUUGGCGAGGGACUGUUUGCGUACUAUGAGAACAUUUACUUGUUGCGACAGCUCCGCUCCACGGGCAAAUCAGAGAAAACUCGACAAACCUUGCACAUUAUGCAGCAGUGUGCCGUUCAUAUGCCAAUUUCGAUUGGUUUGGAAAAAAAUUCACCUUUAAAAUAUCAGGUAGACCGUUACGUCAGGGCGCUGGUUGAAGGAGGUCUUACAGGGAAGUGGCUUUCGGACGCUAUUCAGCGAUUUCAGUCAAAUGUGGAAUUACCACCGCAAGAAGCCAUUAUAGAUUUAAAAAAAAUGUACGCUGGAAUAGUAGCACUCUGUCUGGGUUAUACAGUAGCCCUGUGUACUUUUUGUGCAGAAAAGUUCUAUUGGAGGUAUUACGUUGAAACAAAUCCAGGCUUUGACAAAUAUUUACUUGGCUUUUCUUUUAAUAAACAUAGCUAA